AUGGACUUCACAGCUAAGGUUCUUCUCGGAAUUGUAAAGCAAGGGUCAGUGUAUCUAAGGAGUAGGAGAUCUCUUGAAGUUGUAAGUUAUUUUUGUACGUGGAUUGUAAUUAUAAUCUGUUGAAAGAAAUUAAUACUUCAAACUCUAAUAUAAAAAUCUAACUUCUCAUUUGCUGCCUUCAUGCUAAGAAGUAAUGGUGAUAUCUUCUUAAAAUGAAUAUCCAGCAAAUUAAUUGGAUCUUGUGUGGUUUGGGCAGCCCUCGGCCAAGUAUCAGUCAACACAAUCGGCUGAUACUAUCCACCGAUACUUGGCCAAGGGGUGCCCAAAUUACACAAGAGCAUUAUUUAUUUCGUGCGAUUACUUUUUGAAGUUCUGUAGCCACUUUGUUUCAUCAAGCAUUGAAGAGAGAAAGGAGACAUGUAAUGCAGGUCACUCUUAGGGCUUAAUUUAUUCUCAUGACUAAGUGUGUGUCUAAACUAAGUAAUGACAGUUGGGGGGCCAUUAAAACUCCUGGGGGGGGGGUGGAAUUAGCUCUUUGACUAAAACUUUCCUAACAGAGAGAUGUACAUGCCAGUUUUGUGAUAUCUAAAAUCAAAGGUUAUUGAGGCCAUCACCUACAUUGUUAGGUAGAGUAAGGCAGCUUUUAUAGUAGUUCUCAAUAUGGUCCUAACCCAUCUUCACAUCUCUCUGAUUUGCAACUACAUUGUGAUUGUUAUGCAAGAUACACUGUACAUUGAAUUUACUCUAGUUUUCACUGAGACUAUAGAUUACCAGUGUUGUAAUGACACAUUCUCCAUCAAUCUGAAGGGUGAAGACAGUGACAGUGAUUGUGAGGAAAAUGAGGAUGACCUGCCGCCUGCUUUUGCUUACACACAGCAAAAUGUGUGUAGCACCUUUACAGAGCAAAAUGGAUUGGAAGAAAGGGAUUCAUGUACAGUGAACACCAUUUUGCCAUAUGUUGUCCAGCAAAAUCCUUCAGUGGAGCAAAGACCAGCAACAUGUCACUCUGACGACAAUCAUUCCAACCCUAGCAGUUCCCGUAUAUUGGAAGAAAGGGCUUCAUGUUCAGUCAACACCAUUCAGCCAUAUGUUGUCCAGCAAAAUCCUUCAGUGGCACAAACACCAGCCGCAUGUCCCUCUGACAAUAACCAUUCCAACCCUAAUAGCAACUCAGGUAUAUCUCUUGGGUGUUUUCUUAAGGUAGAAGGCAAAGGUAUAAAAUUUCUCUCUAUUUCUCAUGUCAUGGAGAUGGAAGCAAGGAGACAGUGAAAUUUAGAUUAAAUAGCUUGACUGUACAGCUGUAUGUUAAUUUGCCAAAAAUAUGCUGCCAUAAGGACCUGUUUCAAUUUCAUACUGAAAUAUAUGAAAAUUUGCAGGUGUUGAUGACCUAAGUUUAGAAAGAAAACAUAAGAAGCUAAUUAAGAUGUCCCUCAUGCUUUUCAUAGUUGUUUUAGAAGCAGCUGCAACAUCAGUGUUUGCAACAUUACAGGGUUUCAUUUUACCUUGAUCCACCAAUGCACUGUACAUCAACAGAAUACUGAUAAUCAAGCGUACAAUAAAGUUAAUAGCCUUGUUUUCACCUUGUUGUGCUACAUGUAUAUGACCUCUGGAAACAGGCAUGAGUAUGCAAAGAUAUGUUGAAAGCAUAUCAUAGGUUUUGUUCUUUAUUUCUAAAUUGCAUUUAAUGGACUGUUUCUAGAUUGUAUUGAGCAACUGACAGUGAUGUUCCCAGACAUGACCCGUGAAUCCUUGCAAAGUACUCUACAGGCCUGGAACUAUGACAUCCACAGGGCUGUCACUUCCAUAUUGAGUAACAAAGAAGGUAUUGGCUAGUAAAAUGUUUCAAGCUAAGCUUUUUCACAAGUUUUUAUUGAUGUUGUUUUUUUUACAAAUGAUGUUGUUUUUUUACUGUUGACAGAAACUGAACAUAGUGAUGAUGAUGAUGUCCCUCUAAGUGCCUCCUUGAAUGUGUCCCCCGAAUUAACGGUGAAAGAAUUCAGGGAUCAUAUGGUUGACAAAUAUGUUCCUGAGAAAACCAUCAGAGCUAGUCACGACUCCAACAUUUUGAGAGACAUGUUUAGAUAUUUGAAGUCGAGGCAGUUCAACCUGAGGGCAAGGCCAAAUGUUGUGUUUGACGGUGAGGAUGGGAUGGAUGCAGAGGGACUUACCAGAGAACUUUGCCACAUGAUAAUGUCCAGCAUGCGAGAUGGUAAAGGUGGCAUCAUUCUUUUUGAGGGGCAGAUAGACCAUCUCAUUCCUGUUCAUAAUGAACAGUAUUUAGCUUCCCAAUACUAUAAGUAUGCAGGUCAGCUGAUAGCAUACUGUUUUAUACAUGCUGGGUUUGGUAUAACUGGAUUGUCACGGGCCAUAACAGAAUAUUUGAAGACUGCUGAAAUGAAUGAGUGCCUUCCAUAUGUCUCAAAGGAUGACAUCCCCGACCUGGAUAUACGUGAGAAACUAAANUUUUUUUACUGUUGACAGAAACUGAACAUAGUGAUGAUGAUGAUGUCCCUCUAAGUGCCUCCUUGAAUGUGUCCCCCGAAUUAACGGUGAAAGAAUUCAGGGAUCAUAUGGUUGACAAAUAUGUUCCUGAGAAAACCAUCAGAGCUAGUCACGACUCCAACAUUUUGAGAGACAUGUUUAGAUAUUUGAAGUCGAGGCAGUUCAACCUGAGGGCAAGGCCAAAUGUUGUGUUUGACGGUGAGGAUGGGAUGGAUGCAGAGGGACUUACCAGAGAACUUUGCCACAUGAUAAUGUCCAGCAUGCGAGAUGGUAAAGGUGGCAUCAUUCUUUUUGAGGGGCAGAUAGACCAUCUCAUUCCUGUUCAUAAUGAACAGUAUUUAGCUUCCCAAUACUAUAAGUAUGCAGGUCAGCUGAUAGCAUACUGUUUUAUACAUGCUGGGUUUGGUAUAACUGGAUUGUCACGGGCCAUAACAGAAUAUUUGAAGACUGCUGAAAUGAAUGAGUGCCUUCCAUAUGUCUCAAAGGAUGACAUCCCCGACCUGGAUAUACGUGAGAAACUAAAACAGGUAGAUCCUCUCCUUUUUGCCCUGGAUAUAAACAUUUGACAGGCAAUAUUAACUUUGUUUUUCUUACAAGAAAGGAGGAAGUGCAGGGGAAUACUGCCAUGACUGCAAAACAAAAACUAUGGGUG